UCACCCGCGCCUUAAAAUCCCAGUACGCGCCAAGACACCAGUAGUGCGAAAGUGUCUCUCAUCGGAAGGACGUUUUCUCAUUGAUUCUACUGAAAGACACUUGUUGGAGAACACACUGUCAAGAUGAGGGCAUGCCAUGUUCUCCUCAUCUUGGCGUCACUGACUUUAAUUGAGUUAUCGUACACACAGGAAACGUGUGGCGAAAUCAACUUACCCGACACCAUUCGUAGCGAAUGUGAGGCGCCGUUCGAAGUGGGUGAGACCUGCCGCUUCACGUGCCGGCCAGGGUGCCGGAGACGGACGGGACGCUUAACCCUAACCUGCCGGAUCAGACGGGGCCGCCCGAAAUGGGUGGGAAGGCGACUGAGCUGUUCAUGCAACUCAUGCAGCAGCAGGCCUACCGUACCCAACACUAGCGUCACCGGGUGUGCAUCUCCAUACACUGCUGGAGAAACCUGCACCUAUCAAUGUAAUGCGGGGUUCACCGCAGGCGGAGGGGAUGCCACAAGGAUGUGCGAUAACGGACAAUGGGGCGGAAGUAACCUGAUCUGCAACGUUAAUAAUGAUCAGUGCCCCACCAGACCUACCGUAGCUAACACAGACGUCACCGGCUGUACGCCCCCUUACGAUGCGGAGGAGACCUGCACCUACGCGUGCAGCUCGGGAUUCACGAGUGCAGACGGCGACAGCACAAGGACGUGUAGGGGCGGGGCCUGGAGUGGGACAGACCUCGUCUGCGAGAGGGAGCCUGCCUGUGGAAACCCGACUGUGUUGUCUGGAGACUCUGGUUCCUUCACGAGUCCGGGAUAUCCCAGCAACUAUCUCAACAACCAACGGUGUUCCUGGAGGAUAUCGGUCUCUCCUGGGAAAGUCGUUGCCAUCAGUUUUGAGGCCAUGGACAUCGAAUCUCAUCACCACUGUAAUUAUGAUUACCUAAAUGUGCACGACGGCUCGACAUCGGCCUUCCCGGAGUUGGCCAAACUGUGCGGCAACAGUGCCGACCAGGUCCUCACGACCGGAAGUGACGCAUUCCUGUUCUUCAGAUCUGACGGGUCCGUCACUAAAUCCGGUUUCAGCGCAUCCUUCCGUGCCGUGGAUCCGCCUACUCCAGUACAAACCUGCAGUCCCGACCUGUUCACGUGUGAGAACGGAAACUGCGUCAGCCACGGUGUGAGGUGUGACGGAAAUGACGACUGCGGUGACGGAAGUGACGAGGCGUCAGAGCAGUGUCAGUCGGGAUGUGGUGGUCCAAGCUUCCUACGAGGUGCCUCCGGCUCCUUCGAGUCGAUGAACUACCCCAGCGCGUACUCCAACCGCGCCAACUGCGAGUGGAACAUUUUCGUCCGAGACUCAAAGGUCAUCCAGUUGACCUUUGACGCCUUUUCCCUGGAGGGAACUCCCCCGGCUUGUUCUUACGACAAAGUCACCGUCUUUGAGAGUGGACGACAAGUCGCAAUCGGUUGUGGUAGUAGCGCGCCUAGCUACGUCUCGACCACCAAUGGAAUACGCGUUCUGUUCCGAUCCGACGGCUCCGUUGUUAGCACUGGAUUUCUUGCAACAUUCGCAGAGGUUGACCCAUCAGUGACCCUCCCACCUCCUGGCCCUACACGUCCCUCGCCGGGAGCCUGUGGAAACCCAAUCGCCCUGCCGGGUGACUCUGGCUCCUUCACCUCUCCACAAUACCCGAGCCGCUACCCAAACGGCGCGAGGUGCUCCUGGACCAUCUCUGUCACCCCGGGAAAAAUCAUCGUCAUCAGGUUUACAUCGUUCAAUUUGGAAGAAGGGACAGGAUGCAACUACGAUUCCCUGGCCUUACAUGAUGGAACAGACCGAAAUGCUCCUCUUGUCAAGAAGAUGUGUGGUGCUCACUGGAGAGAGGUUGCCACGAGCGGAAGUGACGCAUUCCUGCUCUUCACGUCGGACGGGUCAGUGACCCGGACAGGCUUUUCUGCGACCUACGCCGCCGAGGACCCACCACCGACGUGUUCCCCCUCCGAGUUUACCUGCUUUGAUGGAACCUGUGUCAGCAACGGGGUCACAUGCGACGGAAGUGACGACUGUCCAGACGGAAGUGACGAGUUUGGGUGCAUUAACCCGGAGUCAUCCUGCGGAGCUCAGCCCAUCCACCCUGUGUUCCCGCCGCUGAACCGGAUCGUGGGCGGGGAAGGUGCCGUGUCCAGCAGCUGGCCCUGGCAGGCAUCCCUCCAGACGUCCUCUGGCCACCGCUGCGGCGGGACGCUCGUCAGCCCACAGUGGGUCGUCACUGCUGCACACUGUGUGGACGACAAUCCCAACCCAGGACGCUAUACUGUCGUCCUAGGCAUGCACCACAACUCCGGUAUCGGCGACAGUGCCAAGCAACUUUUCAGUCUCGAGCAGGUGAUCAUGCACGAGAACUACCGCCCCUAUCCGGUUCCCAAUAGGGAUAUCGCCCUGUUGAAGCUGAACCAACCGGCCACCCUGAACCAGUACGUGAGGACAGCGUGUCUGCCGGACGGGUCAGAGGACGAACCUGCAGCGGGAACCACGUGUGUCAUCACAGGGUGGGGAGACACCCAGGGUACUGGAUUUGACGACAUUUUGAAGCAAGCUCGCGUGCCAGUGGUCAGCCGCCAGGACUGUAACAAUGCCUAUUCCGGCAGGGGCAGCGUGAUUUCUGAAAACAUGAUGUGUGCAGGCUACCCAGAAGGAGGCCACGACACUUGUCAGGGUGACUCCGGUGGACCGCUGGUGUGUUCCCGCAGAGGCACCUGGGUACUGGACGGCGUGACCAGCUGGGGGGAGGGGUGCGCCGUCGCGGGAUACCCCGGGGUUUACACCCGCGUCAGCGCCUUCCUGGACUGGAUCGACCAGAAGAUCAACGCAGCACGCUAGAUCUGCACCUGAUCUUUCAGAACAGACUGACAGGACCUUUUCUAUAUAUGGCAAGGCCCUAAGCUCCGCUGGCAAUUCGUUCGCUAUACCGUAUGAUCUUGACUAUUUCAAAUGUGGUUCAGUCACUCAAUUGCAAUUACAUGCAUUUUCCUCCAUGGUAGAUGCAUGGCUAAACUGGGAAGUUGCCAGGUUACCUUGAAUGUGUAUGUGUGAUUAUUGUUAUGCACAAACAAAAUGUACCCGUGCAAAUUUAUAGCUCUCAGAGUCUUUCAAAUUUAACCAACCAUCAUGGCGCCAGCCUGUUACGUCACGUGACGUGCAAACACGUUAUUAUAAUAAUGCUAACGUCUCACUAUAUUGUGUCAUUGGCCUCAUCAUAUAACGUUAUUAUACAACGUUCACUAUGUAUAUAAUUAUCAUAGUUAAUUAUAUAUUAUAUAUAUGUUUAACAACGGAUUGUCUUUUUAUGGUGUCGUAAAAUGAAGAGAGUACACAUUUGGUAUACAACUAACAUUUUAAGUACCCAUGGUAAGAAUCGUAAAGCUAAGAGUAAGAAGCAAGAAACGUUAGAGUUGGUGUGUUUUGUUUUUCUUGUUAUUGUUGUUGGUGAUGAUUAGCUUUACAUCAGAUACAGGGAAAAUUAUUAACCCCAGCUAAGGCUGUACGGAGAUUUCAUUUCUACAGAUUUCUAGUGAUCACUACUAAAUACGGGCUUAACAAUUACAAGACAUCGUUGGUGUAUUUUAUGUGUAUUAGGGUUUGACAAAAUAUUACUAAUAUGACAAAAAUUGUAUUUUAAUAUUUUUUUUCAAAACAUU